AUGUUCGGUUCAUCGUGCACUCUCACGUUCGUGUUCGAGCCUUGCCGGGAGGUGGACAGCCCCCCUCUCCGCGUGUGGUCCUUCCUGCUGGGCGGCAGUGACGUGGAGCGCGUACCUGGCGACCCCGCAUUGGCUGACGAGCCCACCGCUGACGUCACCACCAAGGCUCUGUACGACGAGAUCGCGUUCGAGAAUCUUCCAGGAGGCGUGUGGACGCAGGGUUUCCCCCUGGAGUACACAGGGCACGAGUGGGAUGAGGAGCCAUUGCGAGUGCUGGUGGUGCCGCACUCCCACAACGACCCCGGCUGGCUAGAGACGGUGGAGGAGUAUUACAAGUCGAGCACCCGUGGCAUCAUUGACACCAUCGUCAACGCCCUCUCCGAGGUGUGCUUAUAA